AUGAGUGCUUGGGCCUUCCCUACAGCCCUUCUCCUGCUCGGCCUGACCUCUGAAAGCCUGCAAGGCGGGGUCCCUCCAUCGUCUCUGGGCCUGGGGAAAGGGUUCGGGAAUGGGCGCGGGCUGGGAGCCCAGCCAGGCCCUCCAGCUCAGAAUGGCUACGGAACAGGCAUUGGAGGGGGCGCGAAGCCCCGGAAGCCAGGUGUCUCUCCAGGGUUUAGGAACGGGAACGGGCUGGGAGUCGGGACCCUCCCGGGUGCUGCUGCCCAGCCAGGAUACGGAAAUGCGCUGGGAGCUGGUGCCUUCCCGGGGCUGGGAGCCCAGCCAGGAUUCGGGGGUCGAAAUGGUAUCGGUGUUGGGGCUUUUCGCGGGGCAGGAAUUGGAGGGGGCGUGAAGCCUCAGAAGCCAGGACCCAUCGUUGGGAAUGGGCUGGGGGCUGGGGCCUUCCCCGGAGCUGGAGCCCAGCCAGGUCUUGCAGCUCCAAAUGGCUUUGGACCAGGCUUUGGAGGGGGCGGGAAACCCCAGAAGCCAGGAUUCGGGACCAGGGACGGCACCCAGCCAGGCCUUGGAGCAGGAGGGCUGAAACCUCAGAAGCCAGGCCCCCCGGCUAAGAAUGGCUACGGAGCAGGCUUUGGAGGGGGUGUGAACACUCAGAAGCCAGGAUUUGGGAACGGGAACGGCCUGGGAGCUCAGCCAGGCCCAGCAAUACCACAGGGAUACGGAGCAGGAUAUGGUAAUGGGAACGGACUGGGAGCCAGGCCAGGCCCUGCGGCUGACAACGGCUAUGGAGCAGGCCUGGCGGCCGGCAUGAAGCCCCAGAAGCCAGGAUUUGGGAACGGCAACGGACUGGGCGUCCAGCCGGGACCUGCAGCUCCCGUCGGCGAUGGCCCAGGAGUUGCUGAGGCCAUGAAGCCUCAGAAGCCAGUUUACAGGAAUGGGCUGGGAGCUGGAGCCUUCCCAGGCCAAGGGGCCCAGCCAGGCCUGGGAGGGAGCGUGAGCCCUCUGAAGCCAGGAUACAUGCCGCUGGGGAACGGGCCACAGCUCCUCCCAGGUCUCGGAGUGGGUCUGAAACCUCAGCAGCCAGGAUAUGGCAACGGCAAUGGGCUGGGGGCCCAGCCAGUGCCUACUCCGGCCCUCCAGUGGGGACCGAAACCUCAGGAAGCAGGGUACCAGCUUCAGAAUGGCUACGGACCAGGAGCAGGACUGGGCUUUGGUGGGGGCCUCAGGCCCCAGAAAAUCGGUUUGGGCUACGGCAACGGUGGUCUGAGAGCUGGGGUCUCCCCUGAGGCCCGCCCACAGCCAGGGUUCCCGGGGGCCGAUGGCUUUCUGAACGGUCAGGCUGGGGGCCUGAGGGGCUUUCCCUGGCCCUCCCUCGGGCCCUGGGGGGCUGCCUUGAAGCCUAGAUACGGGGUUGGAGGCACAUACCCAGAGGUCGGGAGUCAACCAGGGCCCUAUGGGCAGCUGAGGCCAGAGCUGGGCCCUGGGCCCUUGGGAGGCCCUGAGGUGAAGAGAGGCAGCAAUGGCCCGCUGGGAAAUGGCUUUGGAGGCCGCUGACUGCUUGGGAAAUACUGAGCACCCGAGCACUCCCACUGCCCGUCCUGAGCGCCUCUGCACGCGAGCCUGGUCUUCAGGCAAGGCCGGCCAGACCCUCCGGCUUGGCCUCUGGCUUGGGGUCUCCUGCAGGCUGGAAGUCUCAAUAAAGGCAGUGUGCUUCCCUGUU